AUGGAUGAGCAGAUGGUACCAUUUUGGGGUAGUACUCAAAUGAGGCAGCAUGUGAAGGGAAAACCAAACCCAUGUGGGCUAAAGAAUUUUGUUGCCUGUGCCCCUGAUGGUUUGCCUCUGGACUUUUUUCUGUAUGAAGGUAAAGGUGACACAAUUUUACCUAACUACCCUCAUUUGGACAUAGGGGGGAAGGUAAUUGUACGAUUGGCAAAACACUUACCACAAGGAGUAUCCAUUUUUAUGGAUCGUUUUUUCAAUUCUAUUCCCCUGUUGGAUGAGCUCCACGCCCUUGGUUUCCAAGGAACAGGUACAAUGGUAGCUGACAGGAUUCCAAGAGGAACUCCUCUCUAUAGUGAUGCAAAAUUGCGAGGAGGAGGCAGAGGCUAUAUGAACCAGGUAAUCAGAAACGAUGGACAGAUAGCGAUCGUAAAGUGGUUAGACAAUAAGCCAGUUAUAUUAACCUCAACAGUUCAUGGAGUGGAGCCUACUGAUAAAUGCAAGCGUUGGUGUAAGAAAGAACGCAGGUAUAUUGAUGUGAAUAGGCCUCUAGUAGUAAAACUCUACAAUGACAAGAUGGGAGGUGUUGAUUUGCUGGAUAGGAUGAUAUCGUAUUAUCGGACAUCCGCUAGAACCAAAAAAUGGACUGUUAGGCUACUAUUUCAUAUGAUUGACUUUGUAGUAGCAGCAGGAUGGCUAACUCGCAGAAGAGUUGAAGUUGCAGACAACACUCCAAAGAAAGAUAGGACAGAUCUUCUUUCCUACAAAACAGAUCUAGCCGAUCGCCUUCUUCAAGGGCAAGUCGAGGUCUUUCGAGAUGAUGACGAAGACGAUGGGAAUGAACUUCUUCCUGAAACACCUCCUAAGAGAAGAAAACCGACUCCAUUGCCUCAUGACCUUCAACGAACCUCUGGAGUAAGGCAUAUGCCUGAACUUGUGUCUGCUAGUACCACCCGGCAUCGAUGUCGAGUACCAGGCUGCAGUUCAACCAACGCUCGUUUUUUUUGCACAACAUGCAAAGUUCAUUUGUGUAUAACCAAUGCCAGGAACUGUUUCAAGUUGUUUCAUGAGUUGUAA